AUGUUGCCAACCUUCACCUUCAAGGCUAUUCGAGCUUUGCAAAUCCAAGAUCUGAAGAACGAUGCCAUUGAUGAACAUAUUCCUAGUCCGGAGGCCUCUAAAUUACGUUGUCAUAGGCUUCGCGUGGAAUUUCUCUUUCUGUUCACUGCUCUCAGUGCCGUGCUGAAGGUCGUCAUCAGUGACAUUUGUGCAGAGGCUCUCCCCAUACUCACCGACCUCGGCUGCGAUUUUUCCUCCAUCCUCGAGAUUAUUGUCACAUUUGCCACUGGCAUUGCUGCCUCCCUUUUUCCUCUCCUUGCUCCUGUCAUCGCCAUCAUCACUUCUUUAAGUCUCUCAGACCUCUUAUCCCUCCUCAGACUCUCACUUUAA